CCGGCCCUAGCAAUCCUGCCAAGGUCUCCACCUCCUUCAAUGUCCUAUUUGCACAAACCAAAUGAUGAAGCUAGUGGUGGAAACCAUCGAAAUCUAACCAUGAUUGUGGGCGUGUGUGCUGCACUUCUAAUUGUUGUUAUUAUUAUGGUUUUAGUAGUUUGCUUAUGCAGAUCUUUGAAAAGGAAUAAGCCGUCUUCUAAGGAAGUAGCAAUACUGAAGUCUUCUGUGGACUCCACAGCUGGAGAAGGUUCUCUUCCUCAUCCAACCAGCAUGCGUUUUCUUGCAUAUGAAGAGCUUAAAGAAGCAACAAACAACUUUGAACUCUCAAGUGUGCUUGGAGAGGGUGGAUUUGGCCGUGUUUUCAAGGGUGUCUUGAGUGAUGGGACGGCAGUUGCCAUUAAGAAGCUUAACAACGGAGGACAUCAGGGGGACAAAGAAUUCUUAGUUGAGGUUGAGAUGUUAAGCAGGCUGCAUCACCGCAAUUUAGUAAAACUUGUUGGUUAUUUUAGUAGCCGAAACUCUUCGCAGAACCUGCUUUGUUAUGAACUUGUUUCUAAUGGCAGCCUAGAAGCUUGGCUCCAUGGUCCCUUGGGUGCAAACUGUCCUUUGGACUGGGACACACGAAUGAAGAUUGCUCUUGAUUCUGCCAGGGGACUAGCCUAUCUUCAUGAGGAUUCCCAGCCUUCUGUCAUCCACCGGGAUUUUAAGGCUUCCAAUAUACUGCUUGAGAACAACUUCCAUGCAAAGGUUUCGGACUUUGGUCUUGCCAAGCAGGCCCCCGAAGGCCGUGCAAACUACCUCUCAACUCGUGUGAUGGGAACAUUUGGGUAUGUAGCACCUGAAUAUGCCAUGACUGGGCAUUUAUUGGUGAAGAGUGAUGUAUAUAGUUAUGGGGUUGUUUUGCUCGAGUUGCUAACCGGAAGGAGGCCUGUCGAUAUGUCGCAGCCAUCGGGCCAGGAGAAUCUGGUGACUUGGGCUAGGCCAAUUCUUCGGGACAAAGAUAGAUUGGAAGAGCUCGCUGAUCCAAAACUUAAGGGCAGGUACCCAAUGGAAGAUUUUGUGAGGGUUUGCACUAUAGCAGCAGCUUGUGUUGCGCCUGAGGUUAACCAAAGGCCUACGAUGGGUGAGGUAGUUCAGUCCCUGAAGAUGGUCCAGCGUCUAGCAGAGUACCAGGACACCAUGCCAACUCCCUCGGCUCGUCCAAAUGUAAGGCAAUCAUCCACCACCUAUGAAUCUGAUGGUACUUCGUCAAUGUUCUCGUCCGGACCCUUCUCUGGAUUGAGCAUGUUUGAUAAUGAGAACAUUUCGAGGGCAGCAGUAUUCUCGGAAGACCUCCAUGAAGGCCGGUGAAUCGGUACCUUAGUUUGAUUCAGAAGUUGGGAAUUGGUGGGAACGUUGUUGCAGUGUGAUUGUCUGUAUAUUUCAUUUUAAAAUUUGCCUUGGCAUUGUGGUUUUAUUCUAUUUUUGAAGGGAAAGAAAAGAAUUCUUUUCUUCUUGUUUGCAACAAAUCGUUCAGAUUUACCUGAUUAGUCUUGGUUUGUUGAUCUCUCUUUAGCUGCUGGUAGCCGUUACGCAUUGGUAUAAUUUUUUUGUUUAUUGAAAACUGAAUGUCUGAGCAUAUUAGUAGAGUGAUGUAUGUGUUCAGCUCAGAUUAUGUUAUCUAGUAUUGUUA